UAAAGAUCGUAGUCAGAAAGAAAGAAAAGAGGAAAAAGAGGCUAGGAAAAAAAGGAUGUUGAAGAAAAUAGCAUUUGCAGUGCUUGUCAUGUGUUUGAUGUUUUGCCGCAUAGAGAGCGUUGCAGCAGCCUCCGUGGCUGAAGCUAGUUGCUAUGACCAGUGCUCCACUGGCUGCGUCCAAAGCAAUACUAGAAAAAUGCAGCGGUGUGAUCGCAAAUGCCAGAUCAAAUGCGGUCCAGAUUCUGAAGUUGACAAGCAUUACAAUGAAUUCAUAAAAGUCUAAAAGGAAACUGCUACAAAUGUGACGCUACUUUGGGUAAAAAUAAGAUGAUGAUGAUGAUGAUAACUCUCUUAUCUUCUUAUUUAGUUCAGGAUUUCCCCCCCCUCCUUCCUUUUUAAUCUAUGUUUCAUAUUCGUAAUUGACUUUUGUAAUUUGUGUAGUUUCAGCCUUUUCGGACUUGUAUGGUUUUCAAUUAUAUUCCUCUUUUUAAGUGGAAAAAUAAUGUCUUCUAAAACUUAUCCAGGAUAUUAAUAAGCACUGAAAUAUAUAUAAUGAUGUAUUUCCAUAAGAAAAUAA